AUGAGUGUCACUAAUGUGGGAUUUUCUUCUUCUGGUUUAUGGAGUUCUGAUGUGUUUAUCUUUAUUCAAGGAUUUUUACCAAAUGGCAACUUUGAAACCAAACCAAAACCAACUGACCUCAAAAAAACAGUACUCCAAGGAAAAUACUCACUACCCAAAUGGGAAAUCAGUGGCUUGGUGGAGUACAUCCAUGGCGGCCCACAGCCCGGUGGAAUGUACUUUGCAGUGGCCCACGGCGUCCACGCAGUGAGGCUCGGAAACGAGGCCUCAAUCUCUCAGACAAUCCCAGUGAAAAAUGGGUCUCUCUAUGCACUAACAUUUGGUGCAUCAAGAACUUGUGCACAAGAUGAGGUGUUGAGAAUCUCAGUGCCUCCUCAAUCAGGAGACCUUCCUAUUCAGACACUGUAUAGUAGUGAUGGUGCUGAUACCUAUGCUUGGGGGUUCAUAGCCAAAUCUAAUGCUGUGAAGGUGAUUUUCCACAAUCCUGGGGUUCAAGAGGAUCCUACCUGUGGGCCACUCUUGGAUGCUGUUGCCAUUAAAGAGCUCUUCCAUCCAAUGCCUACAAGAGGUAAUUUGAUCAAGAACAGUGGUUUCGAGGAGGGUCCCCAUCGAUUCAUGAACUCUUCCAAUGGAGUGCUCCUCCCACCCAAACAGGAAGAUCUCAUGUCCCCACUUCCUGGCUGGAUCAUUGAAUCCCUCAAAGCUGUCAAGUUCAUAGAUUCAAAGCACUUCAAUGUCCCCUUUGGACUUGCAGCCAUUGAAUUGGUUGCAGGGAGAGAAAGUGCCAUUGCCCAAAUCAUCCGAACAGUCCCCAACAAAGUUUACAAUUGUACAUUCACUGUAGGGGACGCAAAGAAUGGUUGCCAUGGAUCGAUGAUGGUGGAAGCAUUUGCUGCAAAAGAUACUCUGAAAGCUCCCUUCACAUCCCGGGGAAAGGGUGAGUUCAAAACUGUUAGCUUCAAGUUCACAGCAAUUUCAGCCCGGACCAGAUUAACUUUCUUCAGUUCGUUUUACCACACAAGGGUUGACGACUAUGGAUCUCUCUGUGGCCCUGUUAUUGAUCAAGUUAGUGUUCUUCAUGUGGCUUAA